AUGGUUGCUCCAAGGAAUACUGCUUACGCGGAGGAGAGCGCGGAAGUGGAGGUGUUGUAUGCCAAUCUUGAGAAACUUAAGCUUCUCACCAGGGGAAUCCAAGGUUCCCUCGUCCGGCUGGAAACCGGGGGGAACGUCGUGAAACACGCCAUUGGGCCCAUCUACAGUAAUACCCAAUCACUGCAAAUCACCAACAGCAACAUUGAUAAGGUCAAUGAUGCCAUUGAUCGCCUGCGUCAACCCCUCGAAGCAAAGAAUCGGGAGGAAGAUAUCAUUCGUUCUGGCCCGCAAAAUGUCGAGUUGUCGCAGUAUUUGGCGGCCAUAAAACGUGUAGAAAAGGCGCUCGUCGAUUUAAAUUCUACAAACUUAAGAUCGAACCAGAAAGCCAUUUCUGAUUUCAACACUUUAAUGAACACCGGAGCCGUUCGCCUUCAAGACUUGUUACGAAGCAAGUUGAGCGACCACGUCAACCCUAUCGAGCCAUUGCAUUAUUUGACGAAAGAGCUAUCGUUUCCGUCAAUCCCGGAAGAAACCGUUGCAGAGUUGGGACCUAUAUGUGCCGCAAUCAAUUCCGCAGCAACCCACAGCCCUCAACGUGGCGACGGUGGAAAUGCUGCCCUUAAUAUAUAUGCUGACAUCCGAGGACCAUAUAUCUCUUCCAGCUUGCAAAAUCUUGCCACUGCAUCUCUGAAUACCGUGAAAAGGAGGGCUAAUGAUGGCCCUUAUAAACAAGGCACCAACGGUAUUGGCAUUUACUCGAAUGCUUUGGAAAAUUUCAUAUACAUCGAACACGAUAUCAUCUCACGAAUCUUUACAGGAGACCAGCAGGGGAUGGCUCUACAAGCAACAUGCCAGUCGGCUUUAGCUGAAUACUCGAAGACCCUGCGUGAGCUCAAUCAGUAUAUCAGAGCCAAUCUCAUGACAGAUUGCUUUUUGGCUUUCGAAAUCAUUGAGAUUGUCACAGCAAUGUCUUACCGUGUUGAUUCAAAGACAGGGGAGCUCAAGAGCAUGUUCAUAGAAGCUCUAAGGCCUGUUCGUGAAACCGCAAAGUCCUCCCUCUCGGAAUUGCUGGAAGAGACAAAACGGAAAGCUGCAUCCAUCCAAGUGCUUCCACCGGAUGGGGGGUCUGUGCCUCUUGUCAACGAGGUCAUGAGCUCUUUGGUCACGUUGACUGGAUAUUCUGGACCAUUGGCAUCUAUCCUAACCUCCUUAGGAGACGGCAACUGGCGCUCUGCUUCAAAUGCGUCGGGUUCUGCUCCUUUGGAUGUCAACCCAGAUAGUUCCACACUUCUAUCGCACUUUAUUCUCGAUAUGAUUGAGGCCCUUAUGAUAGCGCUGGAGUCUCGGGGCCGGGCAUUCCAUCGCACCAAAGCUGUCCAGGGCGUCUUCCUAUCGAAUGUCUUUUGCAAUGUCGACCGCUCUAUCCGGUCGAGCGCCGAGCUAGCACGGUACCUAGGCUCUCCCGACAGCAUCGCACGGGUAGACACCUUUCGCAAACGCGCCACCUCGACCUAUCUGGACGCUUGGAAGGAAACUUCACAGUAUCUACUCGAUGUACAGUAUACAUCUCGGGGUGCUGGGGGGUCGACUCGUCCCGCAUCUGGGGGUGUUGUUGAUUCUAGCGCCAUAGUCAAAUCUCUUUCAUCGAAAGAUAAGGACGCCAUCAAAGAUAAGUUCAAGGCGUUCAAUACAAGCUUCGAUGAACUGGUUUCUCGUCACAAGGGUCUGUAUAUGGAGCGAGAAGUGCGAAAUGUCCUGACGCGCGAGGUGCAAGCUGUGCUUGAGCCUUUAUAUGCACGAUUCUGGGACCGCUACCAUGAAAUUGAUAAGGGCAGAGGCAAGUACCGGAGCCCCGCUAAGUCUGGGCCACCGCAAGCAAAAUUUCCGUUGAUCACGCACACACUCCCUCCCCCUCGAUAUCUUUUUCCCUCUCUUCUUGCCUCUCAAUUCCUUGUGGAAGUGCUUCAAUUCAUUUCUAGCAAGAUAAAUCGGUUCUCUACAUGGAGGCAACUAUGGCUGUGGCUUGCGGAGUCUGAGAAAGAACUCGGCCUCUCUAUCUCCGACGAGGCCAUUGAGCAGAUGAAGGCCCACCUUACCAUCCAAGAUGAGGAGUUCAUGGUUGCUGCUGAGGAGGAGAAGCGCCGUCGACACGAUGUCAUGGCCCACGUUCAUGCUUUUGGCCAGGUCGCACCCGCCGCCGCCGGUAUCAUCCACUGGGGUGCCACCUCGUGCUACUGCACGGACAAUGCGGAUCUUAUCUUCCUCCGCGAUGGUCUCGAUAUCCUCAUUCCCAAGCUUGCCGUCGUGAUUGACAAGCUGUCUCAGUUCGCUCAGCAGUACAAGGACUUGCCUUGUCUCGGUUUCACCCACGGCCAGCCCGCCCAGCUUGUUACUGUCGGAAAGAGAGCUUGCCUCUGGAUUCAGGACUUGCUAAUGGAUCUGAGGAACUUGGAAAGGGCACGCGAUGACCUGCGCUUCCGUGGAGUCAAGGGCACCACCGGUACUCAGGCUUCUUUCCUCCAGAUCUUCGACGGAGACCACUCUAAGGUCGAGCAACUGGACGAGCUUGUCACCAAGAAGGCCGGUUUCGACUCUGCAUUCAUCAUUUCCAGUCAGACCUACUCGCGAAAGAUCGACGUUGAUGUCGGCAAUGCACUGGGAUCCUUCGGAUCCACCUGUGAGCGCAUUGGCAUUGAUAUCCGCCAUUUGGCUAUGCUUAAGGAGGUUGAGGAGCCUUUCGAGAAGGACCAGAUUGGCAGCAGCGCGAUGGCUUACAAGCGUAACCCCAUGCGGUCUGAGCGUUUGUGCUCGCUCGGAAGACACCUUCAGAACCUCCCCAAGGAUGCGUUGGACACCUACUCCGCGCAGUGGUUUGAGCGUUCUCUGGAUGACAGUGCCAUUCGUCGUAUCAGCAUUCCUGAGCUCUAUCUCUCUGCUGACGCCUGUCUCAUUCUCCUGAACAACGUUACUUCCGGUUUUGUUGUUUACCCCGAAGUCAUCAAGCGCCGUAUCAUCAUGGCCUGCGUGAAGAAGGGACUUUCCCGCCAGGACGCCCACGAGGAGAUCCGCGUUCUCUCCCACCAAGCAGCAGACAACGUCAAGAAGCAGGGCAAAGACAACGACCUUCUCGACCGUAUUCGCCGCACCGCAUUCUUCAACCCCAUCCUGCCCGAACUUGACGCCCUCCUCGACCCCAGCACCUUCGUCGGCCGUGCUCCCCAGCAAGUCGAGAAGUUCACCUCCACUGAGGUUAAGAAGGUCCUCGAACCAUAUGCAUCCUACAUCGCCAAGGCCGAGACCUCUGCGCUAAGCGUUUAA